AACUUCCAUCUUUCUCUGUCUCUCUCUCUCUCUCUCUCUGUUUGUGUUGCUUUCGCUUUGGACAGUCUCCCAGCAAUAUUUAGAUGACCCAUUGGGGAGGGUGGUGGGAAAGGGUGGUGGAGUUAAUGGCUGAAGUGAGAUUUUUGGUCACCAGCAGCUGAGGGUUGGACGAGGGUGGUGGAAAAGCAGCAUAGAAUUAACGAGAGGCUUAAGCUUGCUUCUUUCUUUGUUCUUACAAAAGAAGGGAAGCUCGCUUGAGAGGGUGAAAAGGAGGAAGGAAAAUGGGGAGUUGUGGAAGGAAUGGGGCAGUGAGGCAGUACAUCAGAUCUAAAGUUCCUCGCUUGAGGUGGACACCUGAUCUCCAUCACUGCUUUGUUCGUGCCAUUGAGAGGCUUGGAGGCCAAGACAAAGCCACACCUAAGCUUGUUCUUCAGCUGAUGGAUGUGAGAGGACUAACUAUUUCGCACGUUAAGAGCCAUCUACAGAUGUAUAGAAGCAUGAGGAAUGACAUUGGCAAGCAAGGUUUGCAGCAGACUCAAGAGAGGAGGCAUUCAUGCGAACAUACUGAUGGUGGUGCUGAUGAGCUAAAUGAUGAUACUCUUCUCUCUUCUUUGAAACCUCAAAAGGAAUUCCAGCCUCAGUUCAUGUUCUCUCCUCUUCCCAUGAAAAGGAAUCAAAUGGAAACACAUGCUAUCUCAAAUGGUGAGACGCUCGCCACUCAGUACUCUUUCGAUGAUUACUUGCAAACUGUGGCAGCGGAAAGGGGAAUAAAGGAGAACUUAAGAUGGCAUAAAGAUGCCACGGAAACAGGGUUCUUGGCCGGCGACCAGCUUUCCAAGCACAAAGCUCAGUGGCAAAUGGAAGCAGAGCCUGAAACUUUUGAGGUAUUCAAACUAGAGGAUCAACUUCUCAUGCCUAAUAACAACAGAAAGCGCAAAAAAUCCAAGGAGAAUUAUGAGGACAGAUGCAGAUCAUAUGUGCCGCCACCAUUUUGUGAUGAUCAUGGUAUGAAAAAUGAGGAAGUUGAUGACUGCUUGUUGACGUUAUCCUUACCCUUGCAUCGCAAUCAUAGGACUAAUGCAUCAUCUGCAAGCGAAAGCAGUUCCAUCGUCUCAUCGUCCUUGACUAGAUACUCUGAGGAGUGCUCGGUUUUCUUAAAUGGGCGAGGCUUAAAUUUGGAUCUCUCCAUGUCAAUAUGUGGUUCUUAAAUUAGAUCACUGUAUUUUUUUUGCUUUGCAUUUUUUUGUUGUAUCGAGAUCUUUUGACAGUGUUCUAUACUUGAUGUCCUCGGAAUCUUUCCAUGAAUAUGUGGUGGUUCGCCACCAUUUUGCCCAGAAAGAAAUUCUUGGAGCGUUAUUAAUCU